AUGAACAUUCCAAUUUUUCUACUAUUAUUCUUCAAAUUGUCAAUAUCUUAUCAAAUUUGUGGUUUCAAAAAAAAUGAUCGAUUUUUCGAAAUCCCUUCUGUUCCAAGAUGCGAUGCUUCAAAAACCUUCAAUGUUACACAAACAACGGUGAAUGUUUUUAAAUUGAAAGAUCCGGAUACUGUGAGAACAACAAAAUGUUGGAAUGUUAUUCAAACCAUCCAUCAGUAUUCGUAUUUCUUAUUUUACACCAAUGAGCCAAAAAUUGUAAAUCAACGUGAAGAAUCUGUAAAUCUCGAAGAUUGCAAAAAAGAUUUUGAGAAUGCAAUCGAAGUUUCGCCAAACAUCUGGAAAUCGGAAAAAAUAUCAGAUGAAGUGGAAAGCCCAUUUUUUUAUGGAGAGAUUAUUUAUACAAUCACUGAAAAAUGGAAAGAAAAUGGAACUAUCAAAACAUUCGAUGGAAUUAAUGUUAUAUCUGGUAUCGAAAUUAUGGAUAAUUGUAGUUUUUUGAAUGAAUAUUGUGAAACACCAAAUGUCACCAUUUUUUGGAAUAUUCCCGAAGGUAUGAAGGAAACUUGUAGAUAUGAAUUAUCAGUUCAAACUGAUAUAGUCAUCACAGAUAACCAAGUGAUAAUCCCUCAAUUGAAUAUUUUUACCGAACAUGAAAUUGAUGGUACAAUUUUUGAAAAAUUGAACAAUAAAGAAUGCCAAUUUUCCAAUCCAUAUUUACUGAAAAAUGGUUAUGUUAUUGAUUUUAUCAAUAAUUUAUCUCUACAUUUAGGAGAUUUAGUUUAUGAUGAUGAAAAUGAUCAGGAAUUUGAAAUAUUCCGAAAAAAACGAGAGUUACCGGAAAGAGAAUAUGAAAUUAUGUUAUCAAUGGUAGCACCUCCUUUCAAAUUUGAAUCAAUGAUAAUGAAAUUAUUCAAUAAGACCAAAAUAGAAGAUAUUCCAAGAUUCGAAACAAAUCCUAUAAAAAAUACUGAUGUUCUUCAAGAAUUGAAAUUUUGGAAUGUUAAUCGAAGUUGUUUGGAUAUGCGUCAAGCUUAUUAUAAAAAUGAAGGAAAUUCUAAAUUGGGACCACAAUUGAUCGUAUUGAAAUGCAUUCGAAUUGCACAAUAUGAACAAAGAGAAAGAAAACGAUUAGAUUCAAAAAAAAGGCUCAGCAAUACUGAAAAAAUGUUUCGGUUUGAAGUUAGAACAGCUUCUUUCAGUUUAUUUGAUCGUUUGUUGGAGGAAGAAUUUGGAAAAGCUGAAAAAGAUUUAAGUGAAUAUGCUGGCUCUUCUUAUCCUAAUUUCAAUGAUAAGGAUAUCGAAAAUGUUCAAAACAAAACAAAAUUUGUAGAAGAGUUUUAUGAAAUUGAACGAUCAGUCAUUCCGUCAAUGAAAAUUGCAAAGGUGAUUGUUUUGGGAGAGUUUUUUAUGCUGAGUUUUAGAAAGCUUCAAACUUUUCGAAAACUUUAUUUCAUGAACAUUUUUCAAUAUAAAACGAUCAGAUUGAAAUUUUUAUUUUAAAAAAGUUUGAGAUAUAAUUUCAUCUCUGGACUUUUCGAGAAAAUUUCCGUUUGGGGUGUAAGAUAGAUUUUGCAGCUAUUGAAAUUUUUAAUGUUAUUAUUUCAGACUCGAACUGAAAAACUUGACAAAUAUCUUCAAAACUUGGACGAAGAGUGCGAAGAGAUAGCUCAAGAAUACAGAAUCUUCCACAGACUUUUGUCUGACGAUGAAACAUCAGCGCUUAGAUAUUUUUAUAAAACCGAUGAUCUCGUUGCCAGAUGGUUUGGAGAUUUAUUAAGUUUGGGUGAGUGCAAUGAGGUGAAGCCAAAACAUAUAUAUUGGGAUCACAAAGUGAAUGGAUCUUGCUGGAAAAAUUUGCCGGUCUUAUUGGAGAACAAUGAAAUUUGGUACAAGCUACCGGGAAAAGUUAAAGAUCUGAUGCAACAAGGACAACAGGUUACUUGCGAGAGUGUGAGAAAUAAUGUUUAUUUUAAAAAUGGAAGAUGGGAAACAUCUGAUGGAAAACGUGUUGCAUUACAAAAAAUGCCAAUUAUGCAAUUUCAAGAAACAUCGAGAGAUUUCAAAUUGUUUGAAACAAAUCUCGAAGAUGGAAUAUCGUUCACACCAUUUCUCAAACAAAAAUAUUCAAUUAUGUUCGACUCAAAACUCUUAGAGUAUGUUAUGAAGAAAGAUGCCGCAAGUAUUCAAGAUUUGAAGUCACAAAUCAAAAAAAAUAUAUAUCGUGCAGAUCAAAAGUGGCCUUUUGUGGUUGGAUUCUUGUGCUUCUGUCUCAUUAUUGUCAUCUUGAUUGUUUUGGUUUGCUGGAUUAAAAUAUGCAUAAAUCGAAGAAAACAAUCUCAAGGAGAUUCUAGAAUUUUUCAAGUGACUCAAGAAAUGGAGACAAUUGAGAGAAAUGAUAUUUUCGAUGAAUAUCCACUUCCAGGCCCAAGAAGAUGA